AUCAUACAUGUCGAUUCAAUCUAUCGUGCAGCUCACCUUAUUCCCGUCUAUGGCAAACAAUUUCUUCACCACAGUAUCAAUCUACGUAACUCAUAUGACAGUUUUCGUACAUUCUAUGUCAAUAAAUAUGCUGAUCAUUAUGCUUUCGAGCUCGCAUCAUAG